UCGACAUCGACCUCGACUCCGGCGAAAAUCUGCUACAUUGCAUAUAAUCAUCGAUGCACAAGCGAUGAGAACGCAGCCUGACCCAAAUCAGGUCACACAUCCCCUCCAUGUGGCGCGACAAGCCGCCCUAAUUGGCGGAGCAGCCGCAUUUCCGGGCUUCCUCGUCGGCGCAACCUACGGCACUCUCCGCACACAGACCCCGGUAAUAUUCUCCCUAGCCUCUGGUGGACAAUGGUUCGCCAUCGCCACGACAUUUUGGGGAGUUCGCACUGCUAUUCUCAAUCAAACCGGGCUUCUGAACUGGUGGAAUCUCACCCGAGGCGCACCUCUCCAUCCUCGUCAUGAUCUCAACCCCUCACGUGAAGACCGAGUCCGAGCGUCUACCAUCUCUGGUGCCAUCACCGGAUUCUCAUUAGGUUUUCUGUUCAGAGGACCCCGCAACGUCAUCCCAGGCACGAUAAUGUUCACCCUCUUCGGAUGGGGAGGGCAGCAUGCGUAUAACUACCUCGACAAGCGGAACUCGGAUGUAAUACGGAAGGAGCAGGAAAUGAGGGAGCAAGGCGAGGUGAAGGAACAGUUGAACUGGUUACAGAGGGUCGCGAAGAGCAAAUGGAGCCCGAUGUCAAUCUUGACGGACGAGGAGUACGAAAGGAUGAUGAAUGAGAAGCUGUUAGCUGUUGAGGCAGAGAUUGCGCUGAUUGAUGAGAAAAUCGAGGGAUUGAGAAAGAAGCAAAACGACAUGGAGGCGCAGAAGCAGAAAGAGAGUACGAGUCUCGACAAGCAGUGACCGGACAGCAGAACCAGAAACGUAGUUCGGCGCAAGAUAUCAUGCAUCGAGCGUGUCGGCAAACAGAUGUGGACUCUCGAUGAGCGGUUAAGUAUAUGAAGGCAUUUUUGACUGAGCUCGGCCGGAUAGGAAAAGAAGCGGUUCCCCAGGAUAUCUCUGUAUACUACCUGUAUAGAUUUCACUGCUCGGGUCAGAAUUCACGAUCAAUUCAUCGCGCCGGGUACGAGAAACAGACAUGGAACUGGCGGCUAGGCGCCGGCUGAUACAGAGCGGACGCACUUGCAGUAUCUAUGGCGUUCUUUCUUGAUGGGCUGAGACCAGACCGUCUCUUCAGUAUAGCCAUAUGAGCUCACCUCCGG